AUGAGCUCUUGGUUGCAGAUGGUCACCCUCCCUCGCCUGAGCCUGAUCCUGUUUGUCUGGAGCCAGGUACCAGGGCUCCAGAGCCAAGAAUUCCAAUUUGGGCCCUGCCGAGCAGAAGGGGUCAAUCUCCAGCAACUGAGGGAGGCCUUCUGGACCAUCCAGGAAACUGUGGUGACUCAGGAUAACAACACCAGCGUCCGGCUGCUGCGCCAGGAGGUUCUGCAGAAUGUCUCGGAUGCUGAGAGCUGUUACCUUAUCCACGCCCUGCUCAAGUUCUAUCUGAACACCGUUUUCAAAAAGUACCACAAAAGAGCUGAAUUCAAGACCCUGAAAUCAUUCUCUACUCUGGCCAACAACUUUAUUGUCAUCAUGUCAAAACUUCAACCCACUCAGGAAAAUGAGAUGUUUUCUGUCAGUGAGAGUGCACACAAGCGGUUUCUGCUGUUCCACAGAGCAUUCAAACGGUUGGACAUAGAAGCAGCUCUGACGAAAGCUUUGGGGGAAGUGGACAUUCUCCUGACCUGGAUGGAGAAAUUCUACAAGAUCUGA